UAAAGAGAGAGGGAUAAGUGCAUGUCUGUAGACUUUGUUGAAGGAGUUGAAGAUAUAGAAGACACUGGGCAAACUCCAAGACUGAGGAGUGAAGCAGAGAGAAAGUCAAGAUGUUUGGCUGCCAGGGAGGCGAGUUGAGGGUACGGUCCUGGUUUACUCUGAUAUCUGGCUUAGUUGAGUGUUUGGGGUUCGCAGGGGCUGUUUUUGGCUGGGCAUCGUUGGUUUUUGUGCUCAAGACUGAAGGCUACUUCAAAAGUCUUUGUGUGAAUUCCACAAUAAAUGGAACUGCUGUUGAAGAUUGCAGUAGACAGGAUGAGCAGCUCUCACUCAUCUUCACCAUCGCAUCUUUUAUGAACAACUUCCUUACACUGCCAAAUGGCUUCCUGUUUGACCACUUUGGUACCACAUUUGCCAGGCUACUGGGAAUAUCGGUUUACACUGCAGGAAUGUUGUUAAUAGCCUUUUCCAGUCCUGUGAACUCCGUCCUCCUGUUCCCUGCUCUGUCCUUCAUUGCUGUGGGAGGAAUUCUGUUCUUGGUGACCAACAUACAGGUGGGCAAUCUCUUUGGCACUCACCGCUCCACUAUAAUCACUCUUUAUAAUGGAGCCUUUGACUCUUCCUCUGCAGUUUUCCUCAUCAUCAAGUUGCUGUAUGAGGAUGAAGUCUCUCUGCGAGCUUUCAUCUUCUUGGCCUGCUGCAGUGUCAUUCAUCUGUUCCGGACAUUUGUGCUGAUGCCUAAAAAACAUAUCCCAUACCCACUUCCGGAAAACUACACCUAUGGGAUGAACUGUGGAGGGACUCGGGAUUAUACCGUUUCAAAGGUCGAAGAGAAAAAUAUCCAAACUUCCCAGGCUGAAGAGGAAGUGCCAUUUAAAGAGAGCUCUGCCCGAGGCCAAAACACAGACAAAAUGGAGCGUAGUUUCAAGAGCUGUUUGCUUUCCUGGUUCUUCUUGUGGCAUCUGCUGUGGCUUUCAGUGAUGCAGUUGAGACACUACUUGUUCAUCGGGACUUUAAACCCGAUGCUGAAUCAUCUGGCUGCUGGAGACCCAGGCCUUGUCAGUAGAUACACAAAUGCGUUUGCAUUUACUCAGCUGUGUGGGAUACUGUGUGCCCCCUGGAACGGCCUCAUCAUGGACCGCCACAAAGGAAAGCAGCGAGAUCCAGGACAAAGUGAACAAGAGGCAGACUUGAAGGCGGCCAUAUUGUCUUUGUCGCUGACUGCGCUUCAGUGUGUGCUGUUUUCAGUGUGUGCCGCCACCCCCAUCCUUCCUCUCCAGUACCUCACCUUCAUCCUGCAAGUCCUCAACAGAUCCUUCCUCUAUGGAGGAAAUGCUGCUUUCAUCAGUGUGGCGUUUCCAUCCAUACACUUCGGAAAGCUAUUUGGAACGGUGAUGGCUCUCUCAGCUGUGAUCUCGCUGCUCCAGUAUCCUUGCUUUACCCUCAUUAAAGGACCAUUGGGUGGAGACCCUCUUUAUGUGAACAUUGGUCUGACUUUUGUUCUGAGUCUCCUGAUUCCUUUCAUCAACCCUCUUUAUGUUUACCUGCACUGUGACCGUUCUGAGUCUCCUGGCCUUCAUCAGCCCAGCGAGCCAAUUCUAACAAAAGUGCCUCUUCAUGAGCUCUGUAGGCAAAGGGAAUAUCAACCUGACCUUUGA